GACUCAUUUGUGAAUAGCCAGGAGUGGACCCUGAGCCGCUCCGUGCCGGAGCUUAAAGUGGGCAUAGUGGGGAACUUGUCUAGUGGGAAGUCGGCCCUGGUGCACCGCUAUCUGACAGGGACCUAUGUCCAGGAGGAGUCUCCUGAAGGGGGGCGGUUUAAGAAGGAGAUUGUGGUGGACGGCCAGAGUUACCUGCUACUGAUCCGAGAUGAAGGAGGCCCCCCCGAGCUCCAGUUCGCUGCCUGGGUGGAUGCAGUGGUGUUUGUGUUCAGCCUGGAGGAUGAAAUCAGCUUCCAGACAGUGUACAACUACUUCCUGCGGCUCUGCAGCUUCCGCAAUGCCAGCGAGGUGCCCAUGGUGCUGGUGGGCACUCAGGAUGCCAUCAGUGCCGCCAAUCCCCGGGUCAUCGACGACAGCAGGGCCCGUAAGCUCUCUACAGACCUGAAGCGCUGCACCUACUAUGAGACGUGUGCCACCUACGGGCUCAAUGUGGAGCGUGUCUUCCAGGACGUGGCCCAGAAGGUAGUGGCCUUGCGGAAGAAGCAGCAACUGGCCAUCGGGCCCUGCAAGUCCCUGCCCAACUCGCCCAGCCACUCGGCAGUGUCCGCCUCCUCCAUCCCAGCCGUGCACAUCAAUCAGGCCACGAAUGGCGGCAGCAGCGCCUUCAGCGACUACUCGUCCUCAGUCCCCUCCACCCCCAGCAUCAGCCAGCGGGAGCUGCGCAUCGAGACCAUCGCUGCCUCCUCCACCCCCACUCCCAUCCGCAAGCAGUCCAAGCGGCGCUCCAACAUCUUCACGUCUCGAAAGGGUGCUGACCUGGACCGGGAGAAGAAGGCUGCUGAGUGCAAGGUGGACAGUAUCGGGAGUGGCCGGGCCAUCCCCAUUAAGCAGGGUAUCCUGCUGAAGCGGAGCGGCAAGUCCCUGAACAAAGAGUGGAAGAAGAAGUACGUGACGCUCUGUGACAAUGGGCUGCUCACCUAUCACCCCAGCCUGCACGAUUACAUGCAGAACAUCCACGGCAAGGAGAUUGACCUGUUGCGGACCACGGUGAAAGUGCCAGGGAAGCGCCUCCCCAGAGCCACACCUGCCACAGCCCCGGGCACCAGCCCCCGUGCCAACGGGCUGGCGGUGGAGCGGAGUAACACCCAGAUGGGUGGGGGCACAGAGACAGAAGAGUCAUUCGAGUUUGUGGUGGUGUCCCUUACCGGGCAGACAUGGCACUUUGAAGCCUCAACAGCAGAGGAGCGGGAGCUGUGGGUACAGAGUGUGCAGGCCCAGAUCCUCGCCAGCCUGCAGGGCUGCCGCAGCGCCAAGGACAAGACUCGACUGGGGAAUCAGAAUGCAGCUCUGGCUGUGCAGGCUGUCCGCACCGUUCGUGGCAACAGCUUCUGUAUCGACUGUGAUGCACCCAGUCCAGACUGGGCCAGCCUAAACCUGGGUGCCCUGAUGUGCAUCGAGUGCUCAGGGAUCCACCGACAUUUGGGGGCUCACCUGUCCCGGGUUCGCUCCCUUGACCUCGACGACUGGCCACCUGAGCUGCUGGCUGUCAUGACUGCGAUGGGCAAUGCCCUCGCUAACAGUGUCUGGGAGGGGGCCCUGGAUGGCUAUGCAAAGCCAGGGCCUGAAGCCUGCAGAGAGGAGAAGGAGCGCUGGAUACAGGCCAAGUAUGAGCAGAAGCUCUUCCUGGCCCCACUGCCAAGCUCGGACGUGCCGCUGGGGCAGCAGCUGCUCCGGGCUGUGGUGGAGGAUGACCUGCGGUUGCUGGUGAUGCUUCUGGCACAUGGGUCAAAGGAGGAGGUGAAUGAGACCUAUGGGGAUGGGGAUGGGCGGACAGCUCUGCAUCUCUCCAGUGCCAUGGCCAAUGUCGUCUUCACACAGCUGCUCAUCUGGUAUGGGGUGGACGUGAGGAGCCGGGAUGCCCGGGGCCUGACCCCGCUGGCCUAUGCUCGCCGGGCUGGCAGCCAGGAGUGUGCAGACAUCUUGAUCCAGCAUGGCUGCCCUGGGGAGGGCUGUGGCUUGGCACCUACCACUAACAGAGAGCCUGCCAAUGGCACCAACCCCUCUGCUGAGCUGCAUCGCAGUCCUAGCCUCCUAUAAGGCCCAGGAAGAGGGAAGAGGGACCAGAAGGAUUCCAGACCUGGGGACCUUUCUCUCUAUAGGUGCUGGGGGAAAUGGACACAGAGAUGGAGAACAGGUGACAUGCAGAGAGGAAGAAGAGGAAAUUAGGGAGGAGAGUCCAAGGGAUCUGAGGAGAGGUUUGGGAUCUGAGCUGCAGCAGAGAGAGGGAGUGAGGUAUUUAGCCCUCUGCCCUAAGGUGCCAUUGAAAAGGGAUAGGACCCUUUGGAGGUGCCUGUGAGGAGAGGGGAGCAGGACCUCUCCCUCCUCAACAUCUCUCCUCCUAGUGUUAGCCCCCUGCAAGCCUUCAUUAUAAAAUGGAGGACAGGGCACAGAUUGGGGGUGCUGGAUUGAAGGGACAAGGGGGUGAUCUGUGAGUCCCAUGUAAAAUUUGUACAUUGGAAUAUUUAUGUUUGUGUACAUAUUUGGUGUGUGUGUAUGAUGAGCCAAUAAAUCAGACUACGUGUGUGGC